AUGCUCAGCCAACUGUCCAGGGCCACGCGCGCCACAUCGGCAUUCGGCGCCGUUGCUCGAGCCGCCAGAGGCAAUGCCGUCCACGUCCGCGGCUUCAUUGCCCCGACCGUCUCCCGCAGAGCCGACUUUGUCCAAGAGCUGUACUUGAAAGAGCUCAAGGCCUACAAAACCCCGGCUGUCAAGGAGUCCGACGCGGAAGGCCACGUGCAAACCUUUGCCAUUCCCAAGACGCCCGCUUCGCCCGAGGAAUCCGACCUCGCCAGCAACCUGAAGGAGUACGAAAGCAUGGCCGUCGAGAUUGAGGGCCAGGAGGCCAGCCAGUCCAGCCAGCAGGGCGGCGCGGCUGCCCUCCCCGACUGGCUCGAGGCCGAGGAAGACGACGAGACUGGCCACUAG